AUGCCCUGGAGAGGUGGCGUUGGCAACGCUCCAGCGGCAAGAGCGGCUGCCAGAGGCUGGCCGCUAGACCCCAGUCAAGUGCCUUUACCGGCUGGUGAGGACGACGACUUUACGGGCGCGGCGACUAGACAAGAGCUGCCGCGAACAACUGUCGCGACAGCGAGUCAACAGCCGUCGCAGCCUCAAGGCGAUCAGAAUGACGUCGACAUGGGCGAAGACGUCUCGUAUGUUUGUCAUGCGCCGGUGAUUCCCCAAGCUCCGAGCUUUAGCGGCUCGACCAAGCAAGAGCACCGUGUUCUUAUGCGCGCCUAUCAGAGUGAGAUUUCAACCGGCCAGCCGCGUGACCUCGACAUCCUGAAGAGGCGCCUGGAGGCGACCAUUCGUUUCGACACGAAGAUUCUGGACGCCGACUCUCGGGUUGGGGAGAUGCUCGACGGGCUCAUGAGGGCCCUAGAACGCCACAACCAAGAGUGGGUACUCAAGGACGAGGGUAAAGUUGACGUGGACCUUAUGGUCAAGGUGGUCCGACCCUCGAUGCUCCAGUCGGCCAUCAAGAAGCAAAUGCAACUGCAAGUCAACAAGCCGUUGCGCUCCGACGUCCUUCGCUUCGUCAACUGGUUGCGGAUAGCCAAGACGCUCGAGGCCAUGCGUCGAAGAGGCCCGACGAGAAGAAACCGGACGGGGGAGCUGGAUCAGCGAAACCCCGGUCCGCGGACGGAGUGA